AUGUUUAUUUUAUUUUUUUGUGACCUUAUACUUUUAAUGUUUGUGAGAAUUAAAAAACUGAUUCUUUCCUUUUCAAUAUAUUUAAUAAUUUGCUCAUGUGUAAUGAAUAAUAAAUGGUUCCUCGUUUGUAGGAGAAUUCGAUUACAGCCUAAUUUUAAUUUAUGUUUUUUAUCUUAUAAUACCUAUCGUAUUCCUGAUACAUAUAAUAAUUAUUAUAAUGUUAUUAAAAAAGAAAAAAAGAAGAAAAGAAAGGACUAUUCUUUUUUCUCCAAAGGAUGCUAUACUAAUAGCAGCAAAAUACAAAAGUUGUAUGGGGAAAAUGAAGAAACAACUUAUCGAUACACAAAAUAUGAUAAAAAGGAUGAGACAUAUAUAAAUAUAUUAGAACGUAAAGCUGAUGAAAUAAAAAAUUCUAAGAAUUGUUUUAAUAAUAAAAUAAAAACGAAUAAAAAUGAAAAUGUUCAUAAAUUACAACAACUUGAUUAUACUACAUUACAUUUAUUAUCAAUAGAAUUGAAUAGCUUGUUGUCAGAUUCAAUUGUUGAACAUAUAACACAAGCAGAUGAUAAAACUAUAGUAUUACAUUUAUCAAAAAGAGAUAAAGAAUAUUAUCUGUAUAUAUGUUAUGAUAAUGCAAAUCCAGUCAUUUCUUUAGGUUUAAAAAUAAAAAAAUUAUUUAAUAGAUUUAUUGAAGAUGACUAUGCUCAAAAAUUAAAUCCCGUUAUUAAAUAUUCUAUUAUAUCCAAUGUAUAUAUGAAAAAAAGUUUUGUUAAAAUAUUAUGUAUUGAUUUAAUAUUAAAAAGGAAAAGUCAAGAAGAUAUAGAUAUAGAAGAUAUUUUAAAUAAUCAAUAUAGUGCUAGAAAAGUUACUUUAUUAUUUGACUUACAUAAUAAUUCUUGUAUUUCUUUUCUAAUUAAUAAAAGUACUAAUGAAAUUUUAAUUUCACCACACAAUUAUGUAACAGAAAAAACAAUUGAUAAAUCAUAUAAAGAAGGACAUAAAUAUAUAUUCCCACAAAAUAAUGAAUGUAAAUUAAUACCAGAUCAUUAUGAAUUUUUUUCAACAUUUUCAAAUCUAUUUAAAUCUAGAAAAGAACAAAAUUUUAUUUCAUCCUUAAUGGAUAUGUAUGAAGGGGUAAGUUAUAAUAUGUUAUUAAAAUUUUGUGAUUAUUUAAAUAUACCUACUCAUAUCAAAUUUGAAGAAAUGGACAAGGGUACCUUGUUGGAUUUCUUUAAUAAAGCUUAUAUUAAAUGGUUGCGUUUUUUAAAUUUAAAAGAAAAGACGGAUGAACUUAUAUUCUACCCUCACUAUGAUUAUAAAUUAAAUAUACCUUCGGUUCUUAAUUUUGUAAAAUCAAAAAAAAAAAAAAAUUACACUAUUGUUAGUAAUAUUACAGGAGUGCAGUUUAAUUCUGUGAAAGAUGCUCACCAAGGCAAUACAAAUGAAGAUGAUAAUAAUAAUGAUAAUAUUAAUAAUAAUAAUAAUAAUAUUAAUAAUAUUAAUAAGAGUGAUAAUUGUAACAGUUUAAAUUAUACCAAUAUGUAUAACCAACAAGAAGAAUAUAAUAAAUGUAAUAAUAAUAUUACAAAAAAUAACAUUGAUACUAAUCAAAUAACAAAUGAUAAAAAAAAUAUAAAAUUAUCAGAUAAUGAUAAUAAACAUAUUCAUUUCGAAACAACAAUAGAAUUAGUAUAUUAUUAUUAUUGUAAUUAUUUCUCUGUAAAUGAAUUUUAUACUACCUUAAAAUAUUGUAAAGAUUUUUUAAAAAGAAAGUUACCACAAUAUGAAGAUAUGCUUUUACAAUAUAAAAAUGACAGAGAAAUAUGUGAAAAGGCAUAUUUAUUACACGAAAAUAUUAAUAAGUUAACUGUGUUUAAUCAUACAAUCUCAAAAAUGAAUGACUGGUUAGAUAAAAAAACUUAUGAUGCUUUAAAAUUAAUUGAAAAUGAAUUAAGAUAUAAUUCAUUAGAAGAUAAUCGAAAAAAAUUCGUGAAAAAACAAGAAGAAGAUAAAAAAAAAGAAGAAACCUUAAUGAAAAAAAUUAUAAAUACUCAACCAAAUACAAUAAGAACACCUCAAAAUAUAUAUAAAGGGUCAUUAUUAAUUAAAAUAAACGAAACAGAUUUAUCUUCUCCUUUUCUAAUCAUAGGAAAAAAUAGUAAACAAAAUGAAAAAAUUUCAACACAAAUUCUCAAGUUCAAUGAUUUAUGGUUUCAUGUACAUGAAUAUCCAGGAGGUCAUGUUAUUCUAAGAAAUAAAAAAAUUAAAGAUAAAAUUAUUACAGCAGAUACAAACUUAGCUGAUAUAAUUAUUGAUGAUGAUAUUAAAUAUGCUGCAAAUAUGGCUGCAUAUUUUUCUAAAGCCAGAAAAAUGGAAAAAACACUCGUCUGCUUUACUUUAGGAAAAUAUGUAUUAAAAGACAAUACCUUGAAUGAAGGUGCAGUCGAAGUAUUAAAAUAUAAAUUAAUAUACGGAAGGCCUAAUAAAGUUGCAAAUAUUAUAAAAGAUCUUAAUGAAAGGAAUAAAGAAAUAGAAAUAUGCAAAAAAAAAAAAAAAAAAAAAAAGUAA